AUGACUGCUAUGCCAUAUCCGAUGAAUCAAGCAACUCCUAUGCCAGCACCAUCAUUUCCAACGUCUUUCAAUCAACCUCAAAUGGCGUCAUCCUCAUCUCAUCCAGCUUUGACUUAUCCGACACAAGCAAGGACUUUCAACAUGAAUGUAAAAGAUGCAAUUCAAAGUUCUGAUGUAGUUUCAGGUACGCUUUCUGUGAACGCUGCUUGUGCUAAAGUAUUGAUUGACUCGGGAGCUACAAGGUCAUUUAUUUCGAAGUUUUUUGUUGAUAAGUUGAAUUGUGAAACCCAAUUGAUGCAUGAACCCUUAUCUGUUGUCCUAGCUAAUCAAGAUAGAAUAUUCGUAGAACAUGUGUGCCCUCAUUGUACUAUAGAAAUAGCCGGACACAUUUUUCCUGCGAGUCUUAUUCCUUUCCAGUUAGGCGAAUUCGACGUGGUUUUAGGGAUGGAUUGGUUGACAAGCUUCAAUGCUCAAAUAGAUUGCAAUAAUAAAAGGGUAGUAUUGAGUUCACCGCAAGGCAAAAAGUAA